AUGUCUUCAGUAAAAAAGUGUGAUGGAUGCCACGAACCCGUGGAGUUAAACAGGUUUAUGACCUGUUUCCAGUGCAAGGCAUAUUAUGAUCUUUUGUGUGCCAACAUUCGUCAAGAGCGUUUCAAUUGUAUGCGCACUGAGGAAAAGCAAACAUGGAUUUGCCAAUACUGUUGUAGUAAAGCACCGAAAGGCGACAACACAAAUACGCCAAUUCGACAAAACCAGGAAACCGCAAAGAGGGUUGGCAACUCAGCACCGAUUGAUAGGUCGGCUGGAUGGGACGACCGGGUUAAUGUAACUCUUAGACAUAAAAAUACCAAAAGCCCCGAUGUCGCCCGUGAGACAGAAGAUAUGCAUCCUGAUAUGGAAAAAAGGUUACGUGCGAUCAUACGUUCAGAGUUUCAGGCGACAUUACAGAUAACGAUGGAGAAACUUAUCGCUAAGGAAAUGCAACCAGUAAAUAAAAUGCUCAUGGAAUUUAGGGAAUCGGUGGAUUUUUUCAACAACAAGUACGAGGAGUUGAGGUCAAUUGUGGAAGAGCGAAAUGCUUCUAUACAUAAACUAGAAGUACACACCACCGAGCUGCAGUCUACAGUAACUGACCUCACCCAAAGACUAAACCGUGCAGAGCAGCAUCUACGCGAGAACAAUGUGGAAAUAAAUGGAGUUCCUGAGCAUAAAUCCGAGAAUUUGGUGAGCACUAUUAUGCAGCUAUCAUCAACUGUAAACGCGCAGCUUAAGGAUGAGGAUGUACUCAACGUAACACGUGUAGCCAAACUUGACAGAAAUAGCAAUCGUCCACGCAGUAUCAUUGCAAAGUUCCGUAGCGCACGUCAACGCGACUGCUUCCUAACAGCUGUCGCGAAUUAUAACAAAAGCCAUAAAGAGGAAAAGCUGAAUACUCGUCACUUGGGUAUCGCCGGUCAUAGGUCUCCAGUUUUUGUCUCCGAACACUUAAUUCCGAGUACGAAAGCUCUUCAUGCUGCUGCCCGAGUUAAAGCUAAAGAAAUGCACUAUAAAUUUGUGUGGAAACAUGGUUAA